CCGAGGGCGCCCGGGCCGCUCGUGCACUCCCCGCGGGAGGCUGGCGUUUGGGGGCGUCGCCGCCCCGCCCCUACCCGGCCCGUCCCCGCCCCCGGCCCGCUUCCUCCUCCCGCGCGGCAGCCCCCUGCCUCCGCGCCAUGUCCGCCGGCUGGUUCCGGCGCCGCUUCCUGCCCGGGGGUCCGCUGCCCGCGCCGCGGCCGCCCAGGCCGCGCUCCAGCCCCGUGCCCUACCGGCGGCCCCGCUUCCUGCGCGGCUCCGGCUCGGGCCCCGGCACCGCCGACGCUCCGCGCCGCCCCGACGUCCGGCCCGUGCGCAGUCCAGCGCGGGGCCGCGCACUGCCCUGGAACGCAGGCUACGCCGAGAUCAUCAAUGCGGAGAAAUCUGAGUUCAAUGAGGAUCAGGCAGCCUGUGGGCAGCUGUGCAUCCGGAGAUGUGAGUUUGGGGCUGAAGAGGACCAGGAGUGGCUGACCUCGUGCCCAGAGGAGUUCCUGACAGGUCAUUACUGGGCACUGUUUGAUGGGCAUGGUGGGCCAGCUGCAGCCAUCCUGGCUGCCAACACCCUGCACUCCUGCCUCCGCCGGCAGCUGGAGGCCGUGGUAGAGGGCAUGGUGGCCACUCAGCCCCCCAUGCACCUCAGCGGCCACAGCAUCUGUCCCAGUGAUCCCCAGUUUGUGGAAGAGAAGGGCAUUAGGGCGGAAGAUUUGGUGAUCGGGGCUCUGGAGAGUGCCUUCCAGGAAUGUGAUGAGGUGAUCGGGCGGGAGCUGGAGGCCUCAGGCCAGGUGGGCGGCUGCACAGCCCUGGUGGCUGUGUCCCUGCAGGGAAAGCUGUAUGUGGCCAAUGCCGGGGAUAGCAGGGCCAUAUUGGUACGGAAAGAUGAGGUUCGGCCCCUGAGCUCUGAGUUCACCCCGGAGACUGAGCGGCAGCGGAUUCAGCAGCUGGCCUUUGUCUACCCUGAGCUUCUGGCUGGUGAGUUCACCCGACUGGAGUUCCCUCGGCGACUGAAGGGGGAUGACUUAGGGCAGAAGGUUUUGUUCCGGGAUUACCACAUGAGAGGCUGGAGCUACAAGUGUGUGGAGAAGUCGGAUCUCAAGUACCCACUGAUCCAUGGGCAGGGUAGACAGGCUCGAUUACUGGGAACACUGGCCGUCUCCCGGGGCCUGGGAGACCAUCAGCUCAGAGUCCUGGACACAAACAUUCAGCUCAAGCCCUUCUUGCUCUCUGUCCCACAGGUGACUGUCCUGGAUGUGGACCAGCUGGAGCUGCAGGAGGAGGAUGUGGUUGUCAUGGCAACUGAUGGGCUCUGGGAUGUCCUAUCCAAUGAGCAGGUGGCACGGCUAGUGCGGAGCUUCCUCCCUGGCAACCGAGAGGACCCACACAGGUUCUCGGAGCUGGCCCAAAUGCUGAUACAUAGCACACAGGGAAAGGACGACGGUCUCACAGAGGAAGGGCAGGUGUCCUACGAUGACAUCUCUGUAUUCGUGAUUCCCUUGCACAGCCAGGGCCAAAGGAGCAGUGGCCACUGAGGAUUCAGACGCCACAUCCCAGAACCACUCCAGGGCCGGGUGUAGCCUGGGCGUCCCUCCACCAUGGUCCACAGCAGGCCUACCUGCCCUGCCACCAGACACAAUGGGUUGACACCCCCCAACCCCACCCAUUUCAUGGGGAGCAUUUAUACCAGGCAGUCAAAGCUGGAAGAGUACGGAGAGCCCAGCUCCUCAGGUCCCCUCUUUGGCAGGCAGGAAAGAGCACAGUAUCAAUGGUAACAUCCCUUUACAACGUAGGAAACCCACGUGAGGCUCCUCUGACAGGGUCCUUAGCAGCCCAGUGUUAUUCUCAGAUGGGGACAGCUGGACUAAGGGCAUUGGCUAAGAAUGCCAGGAGGGGCAGAAAAGCCUGUUUGGAUUCAGGUCUCCUAAACCAUAAAUGUCAGGGUAUCUACUCAGUAACCACCAAAGCCCAUGCAUGGUGCCUUAUGGAAAGCUGUGGGCAGCUUCCUAUCUGCUGAACCGAUAUCAGCCCCUGGGGAGACCAGCUCAGGUCCUGCCCUGCUUCCCUCUGCCACUGGAGGUGAGGCACAGGCCCUGGGACUAAAGUUGGGGCAGAACAGAAAGAAGCAAGAGGAUCCCAGAGUUUGCUGAGCAGGGGAUGGCCUCUGACCACUCUUCUCUGGCCCUAGCCCUGCCCUCAGCUGAUGCCCCAAUGCCUUUGGUUUUGUUGCCCCCGCCCCCCCCCAUCACCUCCCUAUUGUUAAAUGUUUGUGUGGAAGAGCCCUUGUGAAUCAUGAAUUGCUGUAAAGCUUGACAUUAUAGUAUACUUUUUGCUCUUUCUUGUUAUUUUCCAAAGAAUCAGUCUUUGCUCCACCUUGCAAGUUUGCCUGUAGUCAGGACUGCAUUUCUCUGCGGGCCUCCCUAGUUCCUGGUAUGGGGUGAGCCCCUGUGAGAGAACUGUGGUCCAGGGAACAGAAAGGUCUGUACCACCAUCUGUGAGCUCUGGGCUUGAUGUACCAGAAGGGGUGCCUUUAACUUGGUUUUGAAUGCCAGUUUCUAUAAAGCAAGAAUUAGCUGGAGACAAGUCA